AUGUCUCUAUCAAAACAAUCAAUUCAAUCAUAUUAUAUGGAAUUUUUAUGUUGUGCUACAUGUUCACAUGAUUUUGAAUAUGAAAAUCCAUUAUAUCAUCCAAUAACAUUACCUAUGUGUGGUCAUACAAUGUGUAAAUACUGUAUUAUAAUAUGUAAUGAAACAAAAUGUCCACAAGAUCAAAUUUCAUUUGAAAUAAAUCAUACACCAAUUGAUCAAUUACCAAUAAAUUAUCCAUUAUUAAUGAUUUUUUAUGAUUCAUCAAAAUUACCAAAAGAUAAAGAACAACGUCAUGGUCAAUGUCCAUCUUAUAUGAAACUUGAUAUAAAAACAAAAUCAGAUUUUGAAACUAUAGAAAAAUUUCUUGGUGAAAUAUCACUUAUGUUUAAACGAAUAAUUAAUGAUAGAGAAUGUCAAUUAAUAUUCAGUCGUUCAACAAUACGAAAAAUAUUUAAUUUAUUAAAUAUUCAAUUUAUUGAUUGUAAAAAUCUUUUCAAAAUUCUUAAAGCAAUAAAUAGUCUUGCUAAACAUAUAUGUAUUGAUUUUAUUGUUCAUUAUCAAGAUCAUCAACAAUUAAUCCAAUAUAUUCAAUCAAAUAUUGGUCUACGACAUGAACAAAUUGUUGAGUCAGAUAUGAUAGAAACAAUUUUAAAAUUAAUAUUAUUAUUUAAUGAAAACCAUCCAAUGAAACAAAAUGAUAAAUUCUCCUCAACAUUAUACAUUAAAUCUGAAUAUGAAAAGUAUGAAAAUCUUCGUGGAGUUUUUGAUUCUACGUUUAUUGGUAUGAUUAUAAAAACAGGAUUAAUCGUAUCAUCGGAACAAUGGUCAUCAUUAUUAUAUGGCGAUGUAAAAUAUGAAGUAGCAAUGGAAAUUAUAAUUAAAAAAUUUUCAACAUCUGAUACAUUUACCAAAUCCAUUGAAAAACUUUUACAAAUUUUAGAACAAGCUGGUGUUCACCAAAACAAUUUAUCAAAGUUUGAAACAAGUUUUAAAUUUUUACCAACAAUUUAUUUAAAUAUAAAUAAUGAUAAUGAAGAUAAUCGUUUAUCAUGGAUGAAAAUUGCAUUGGUAAUCAAGACAUUUCGUGAAGGCGUACAAUGUUUACCUUAUUUUAAUCAGUAA